AUGGACGAGAAGGAGGAGGACGACGACCACAAGCAGAAGGAGGACGACGACCACAAGCAGAAGGAGGACGACGACCACAAGCUGCGGGAUCCGGCCCGCGUGGACACGCCGGAAGGCGCUCGAAUCUACCUGAUUGAGCUCUUGGAGGCGGUGAACGCGAAGCUCACCCCGAUCGAAGAUCAACUCCAGCGCCUAGAAGACAGACAAGAUCGACCGUCUGCACAUGAGGUCGAUGGAGUCGCUAUCUGGAACGAAAUUCUCAACUGCGAGUGUAUUCAGUCAAUCUCUUAA